UUCGUAAUCAUGUGUCAGAUGCACGGCUGCUUUCAAUUCAGUUCACCAUGUCACGGCACAAUGGCAACAUGAAUGAACGGCGCCACGCUUCCUCCACUCUUACUGGAUUCUAGUAGCUUACUCAAAUACUCACCAUGAAGCAGGAGAUCCGAACAAUCGAACAGCCAUUACUGCAACGUCAACAGCAACAACAAGAUGGCACGACCGUGCAAGGCGGCGGUGACCACCAGAGCAAGCUCACGCUCGUCCCGCUCGUCUUCCUCAUCUACUUCGAGGUGGCCGGCGGCCCGUACGGCGCCGAGCGAGCAGUCCACGCGGCGGGGCCGCUCUUCACGCUCCUCGGCUUCCUCGUCUUCCCCUUCGCGUGGGGCGUCCCGGAGUCGCUCGUCACCGCCGAGCUCUCCGCCGCGCUCCCGGGCAACGGCGGUUUCGUCCUGUGGGCCGACCGCGCCUUCGGCCCGCUCGCCGGCUCCCUCCUCGGAACGUGGAAGUACCUCAGCUGCAUCACCAAUAUCGCCGCGUACCCGGCACUCGUCGCCGACUACCUCGGCCAAGUUGCCCCCAGCAGGGUGCGCACGGGCACGGUGGUGGGCAUGACGGUGUUCCUGUCCUUCCUGAACUACACCGGCCUGAGCAUCGUCGGGUGGGGUGCCGUGGCGCUGGGGCUCGUGUCCCUGGCGCCGUUCGUGCUCAUGACGGUGAUGGCGGCGCCGAAGGUGCGACCGAGGCGGUGGGUGGUGCAGGUGGAAGGGAGGAAGGACUGGAGGCUCUUCUUCAACAUACUGUUCUGGAACCUGAACUAUUGGGACAGCGCGAGCACCAUGGCCGGUGAGGUAGAACGGCCGGAGCGGACGUUCCCGCGGGCACUGGCUGUGGCAGUGAUUCUGAUCGUCGCCAGCUAUCUUUUGCCGCUCAUGGCUGCGACCGGCUCCGUGGACGCGCCAUCGGAGGCAUGGGCGAACGGCUACCUCGCCGAUGCUGCAGGCAUCAUCGGCGGCUCGUGGCUCAAGUCCUGGACCGAGGCCGGCGCGGUGCUGUCGUCCGUCGGCAUGUUCGAGGCCCAGCUGAGCAGCGGCGCGUACCAGCUGCUGGGCAUGGCGGAGCUGGGCCUCCUCCCGGCCGUCUUCGCCCGCCGCGCCACCCGCUUCCGCACCCCAUGGGUCGCCAUAGCCGCCUCCACCGCCAUCACCCUCGCCGUCUCCUUCCUCGGCUUCGACGACAUCGUCGCCACCGCCAACUUCCUUUAUAGCCUCGGUACGCUGCUUGAGUUCGCGGCAUUUCUCCGGCUCCGCGCAACGCAGCCCAACCUCCAGCGGCCCUACCGUGUGCCGCUCCCGCUGCCUGCGCUGGCGGCAAUGUGCGCUGUGCCGUCGACGUUCCUGGUUUACGUGAGCGUCGCGGCCGGGUGGAGGGUGUUCGCGCUCGCUGGCACGCUCACGGUGCUUGCCGUCGGCUGGCACAGCGUCAUGAGGCUAUGCAAAUCCAGGAAAUGGCUCAGGUUCAACACCAACGUUGUCGCGUUAUGAUGGUGCCAGAGUUUGAAGUUUGAACAGUCGCCAAGCCUGUUUUUUAAGCAAUUCGCGUACUUCAUCCAUUUUUACAUCGAUACUAUUGUUUAAGAUCUAUCUAUCUUCUAUUACAUUAGUGCAAGUACAUGCCAACCAUCUCAUAUGUCAUCUUGUGUAAUACCACGUAGGAUUUUAGUGAAUGCGGAGGUGUAAAAAAGAGAUUGUUAUUU